AUGAAAACGCUGAAGCAUGUUUAUGCAUUCGCCAUCGCAACACGUUUAACAACGAUCGGCAUUGCCAUUCUGUCUUAUUUGGUGACGGGAACCUAUGAUUCUUCUGCCGACAUUCAACUCGGGUCUUCAUCCUUGAUCCAACGUUGCAUCAAUGUCUUCUUGCGAUGGGAUGCUCUUUACUUUGUGCAUAUUGCGCGCCAUGGCUAUGUGUUUGAGCAAGAACACGCGUUUUUUCCAGGCUUACCUUUGGCAGCACGGUUCCUAUCACAGACAGUGUUAUCACCUAUUCAGACCUCCCUUGGUGAACAGCAUACGAUAGUAUUGGCAGGCGCACUGAUUGCCAACGUAUCGUUUGUUCUGGCAGCAGGAUCGCUCUUCAAAUUGACACGCUCGGUGUUUCCUGGACAUCCAGUUCUGGCCACUGUAUCGGCAAUCGCCUUUUGCCUCUCGCCACCAGCCAUGUUCAUGUCUUCCGUAUAUACAGAGUCGCCAUUUGCCUUGCUCAGUUUUACCGGAAUGCUGUGGUACUCACAAGGUCGAUAUCUGGCUGCUUGCAUCGUUUGGGGUUUGGCAUCCUCGAUCCGAUCCAACGCAAUGAUCUAUUCGGGUUUUUUCAUCUAUGACUUAGUCGUUCGUCGACUCGGAAAGUGUUCCAUGGUUACAGGUCUGAUUCGUGCUGCUUUAUACACAAUGAUAACAUUGACUGGAUAUAUUGCAGUCCAGUACAAUGGUUAUCAGCAAUUUUGUCCUGGAAGACCAUGGUGUGAUCAAACCAUCCCUAUGCUCUACAGCUUCGUUCAAAAAGAAUACUGGAACAACGGCUUUCUUGCAUACUAUGAAGUGAAGCAAAUUCCAAACUUUUUCCUUGCGCUUCCAAUAAUUUCAUUGACAGUUGCUGGUAUGUGGAGGUAUGCUCAGUACGAUUGGCUAUGGUUCAGGUCAUUGGGCUUCCGUUCAUCAAAAGAUACGGCAAAAGAACCUACGAUGGGAUAUACAAGUCGUCGUGCGGCACCCUUUGUGUAUUUGUGGGGCUUCUUGCUUCUUUAUGCCACCACUUGUAUGCAUGUUCAAGUCAUUAUCCGGUUCUUUACGUCAUUACCUCCGCUUUAUUGGUUCACAGCACAAUUAUGGAUGGACGGGUUUGCAAAAUCGAGCAAAUUAAUGCAACGGAGGAUCGCUAAUGCCGUGCUUUCUUAUUAUGUGCUUUACGGUCUCGUUGGUAUCAUAUUGUUUGCUGCAUUCUUACCGCCAGCAUAA